CACGUGACCAUGUUAGGUUAGGUUUCCCAAGAGUUAUUGAUUGGUUUAAUAAAUAUAUACUAUCAUAUCUUUGCUUGAUAAACAUAGAAUCUAUGAAGAACAGUGCUGCUCUCUUUACAAGUUUUUAACUACUUUCAACAGUAUUCCAGCGUCAUCAAUGAGCGUCGGUGUAUAACAUAAAAUGGCUGAUGGUGACAUUGAUUUGUAUGCCGACGAUCUUGAGCAAGAUUUUGCACAGGAUGAGUUUGCUGGAGAUGGUGUCGAUUUAUACGACGAUGUGAUAGCAGCUCCUCCAGGUGGAAAUGGCGGCGUACCGAACAGUGAGAGAGAUAGAGAUAACGCCUCACCGGGCGAGGAAGCUAAUGGUAAUUCCGCUUAUCACCAUGGAAACAAUGUUCAAUCCGGUGGUGGUGGAAGGCGUCAUCAAUUAUAUGUCGGAAAUUUGACCUGGUGGACCAGUGAUCAAGAUAUCUCAGAUUCAAUACAAGGCGUUGGUGUCACUGAUUUCAUUGAAGUAAAAUUCUUUGAAAACAGAGCUAAUGGACAAUCUAAAGGCUUUUGUGUUGUUUCUUUGGGCUCUGAGCAAAGCGUAAGAUUAUGUAUGGAUCGAUUGCCAAAGAAAGAAUUACAUGGACAAAGUCCAGUUGUAACGUAUCCCACUAAACAAGCAUUAAUCCAGUUUGAAUCGCAGUGUAAAACAAGACCAGCGCCUGCACCUCAACAAAAUCAAAAUCAACGUUCACAUAGUCAACAUCCACCACAAAUGCCACCGCAUCAACAGCAUCCACAACAUCAGCAACAUCCGCAACAAAAUCAUGGAUCAAGAGGUGUAAUGAUGGGUCCACCACCUCCAGGUGGUCCAAGACAAGGCCAAAGAAUGCCACCGCCAGGAAUGGGACCACCAGGUCCUCAGGGACCACAGGGUCCACCAAGAAUGCAUGGUCCAUCAAUGGGACCAUGCACAAUUAACAUCAAUGUCAAUGAUCCUAUUCCUGGUCAUCUUAAUCAAGGACCACCUCCGCCUGGUUAUCAGCAGGGUCCUAGAUAUGGUCCAAGACCAAAUGGACCUCCUCGUGGACCUAAUGGACCAGGAGUACCACCGCAACAAGGAAUGCCCGGUCAUGGUCAACGUCCACCACCAGGAAUGCCAUUCCAUGGAGGCCCACCAGGACCUCCAGGUCAAGGACCUCCUCGUGUACCACAUGGACAUCCAGGACCUCCUCCAGGUGACCCGAGAGGAGCUCCACCUCGAGGACCUGAAUGGAAUCGUCCACCAGGAAUGCAUCCUGGAGCUCAGGGACCACCUGGUUUCCCUCAACAUCAACAUAUGCAAGGUCCACCACAAAGAGGACCUCCACCAGGUUCUAUGGGUGGUGAGCAUCACACUAAUAGAAUGAUGCCAGGACCUGGAGGAAUUCCACCUGGUCAUGGAUUACCACCGCAAGGACCACCACAAGGACCACCUGGUGGACCAGCUCCUCAUGUUAAUCCUGCAUUUUUCCAACAAGGACCUCCACAUCAACAAGGUCCACCUGGACCAAUUCAUGGGCCUCCUCACGGACCCUCACACGGUCCACCUCAUGGUCCUCCACAUCCUCAACCUCAUGGACCACCGCAUGGACCUCCUCACAAUUAUGGUCCACCUGCAGCUCAGCCAGCAUAUGGUGCGCCGGCUCCUGAUCAUCGAGCUGAUGUUGCUCCACCUCUCAGCGAACAAGAAUUUGAAGAGAUUAUGGGACGUAAUCGAACAGUUUCAUCGUCGGCAAUAGCCAGGGCUGUUUCGGAUGCUGCUGCAGGAGAAUAUGCAAGUGCGAUUGAAACAUUAGUCACUGCCAUAUCGUUGAUAAAACAAUCUAAAGUCGCUGCUGAUGAUCGAUGUAAAAUUCUCAUCAGUUCUCUUCAAGAUACAUUAAGAGGAUUGGAAACAAAGGGCUACGGAUCAUCCAGAAGAGAACGGUCAAGAUCCCGUGAACGUGAAAGAAGUCAUAGAAGACGUCGUGAACGAACAAGAAGUCGCGAUCGAGAAUAUCGGGAACGAAGUCGUGAACGAGAUCGAGAUCGUGAAAGAGAUCGUGAUCGUGAACGCGAUAGAGAUCGUGACAGGGAGCGUUAUUAUAAUGAAACUUAUCCCAGAGAGAGAUCACGUAGCAGAGAACGUGAUCGUGAACGUGAUCGUGAACGGGAAUAUAGAGAGAGAAGCAGAGAGGAUGCUACAACACAUGCAACUACAAGGCCGAGAGUAAAGGAAGAACCAACAGAGACGCCAUCCGUCUCAUCUUCUAAGACAUCUAGGUAUUACGACGAUAGAUACAGAGAACGAGAUCGUGAAAGAGAACGUGAAAGAGAAUCAACUCGAAGACCAGCGGAAAGAGAACGUGAACGUGAACCUGAACGGGAAAGAGAACGAGAACGCGAUCGCCGUGACGAGAGAGCAGAUUCAUCACAUCGGUCUCGACACUGAACAAAAACAAAAAAACAAAAAAAAAUCGACAAAUUUAAUGAAAUCAAUAUGUGUAGAAUGCAACUUUGUUGCAAAACAAUUUUGAUCUUCAAAUGGGGGGGUUAUAUACAGAUUCUAAUUUUGACAAGAUUUUUCCCAGUCACAUAGAUUUUUUUAAAAUUAUUCUUUAUUGCUUUUCACGGGACAGUGUCUAAGCAAAAAAACAAAACAACAGAACUAAAAA